AUGGACAGGCGGGGGGCAGCCUAUAUGAGUCUGUCCCAGCGCAUUAAUCGGCUUUCUGUCCUGUCCACCCCGUCUGUGGUGUGGGAACGUCGGGGCAGGAGCCCGCAGAGCCACCGCCCCCUUCCCAGCAACCGCCUGCUUCCCUCCCCCCCUGCUCUCUUCUCCACUCCCGGUUCUUGCCGUCUAGACUCCGGCGUCUGGCCAGAGAUGCCGUCGGAGAGCGGGGCUGCGAGCCCGGACGCAGCAGCGGUGGCGGCGGCUGCAGCGGCGCCCCCGGCCCUAGUCACUCCCGCGGCAGCCUCUACCCAUAAACGAGGGGGUCUCAGCCCGGAGCGUUCCUCCGGAGUCCCACGACGGCGCUUCAGCCGGUUGAGCUGGACGCAGGUGCAGAGACUGGACACCCUGCUGGGCGAGGAGGUCCCCAUCCACGGACGUGGUAACUUCCCCACGCUGACCGUACAGCCGCGCCAAAUCGUGCAGGUGGUCCGGAGCCGCCUGGAGCAGCUGAGGGUCCCUGUCCACAGCGUCCGCCUCAAUGGUUCCGCUGCCAGCCACGUCCUCCACCCAGACAACGGCCUGGGCUACAAGGAUGUAGAUCUCAUCUUCCGAGUGGAUCUGCAGGACGAGGCUGCCUUCCAACUGGUGCGAGACGCCGUGCUGGCCUGCCUCCUGGACCUCCUUCCAGCCGGUGUGAACCGGGCCAAGAUCACGCCCCAGACCCUGACGGAGGCCUACGUGCAGAAGCUGGUCAAAGUGUGCACGGACACGGACCGCUGGAGCCUCAUCUCCCUGUCCAACAACAGUGGAAAGAACGUCGAGCUUAAGUUUGUGGACCGCCUGCGGCGCCAGUUUGAGUUCAGCGUGGACUCCUUCCAGAUCAUCCUGGACUCUAUGCUUCUGUAUGGCCAGUGCUCAUCCACCCCCAUGUCUCAGGCCUUCCACCCCACGGUGACGGGCGAGAGCCUGUACGGGGACUUCGAUGAGGCUCUGGAGCACCUGCGGCAGCGGCUGAUUGCCACCCGCAAUCCCGAGGAGAUCCGAGGGGGGGGCCUGCUCAAGUACUGCCACCUCCUUGUGCGCGGCUUCCGGCCCUGCCCUGGCACCGACGCCCAGGCCCUCCAGCGCUACAUGUGCUCGCGCUUCUUCAUCGACUUCCCAGACUUGGGCGAGCAGAGGCGCAAGCUGGAGCGCUACCUACAGGCCCACUUUGGCGGGGGCGCUGGCCCCGCCUGCUAUGCCUGCCUGGUGACCCUGCACCGGGUGGUGAAUGAGAGCACUGUCUGCCUCAUGGGCCACGAGCGGCGCCAGACGCUGGACCUCAUCGCCAUGUUGGCCUUGAGGGCGCUGGCAGAGCAGGGCCUGGUGGGUGGCACUGCUUUGGCCUGGCACUACCAACCUACUUCCUUCCCUGGCAGUGAUGGGGCUGCCCCUGCCCUCAACUAUUAUGUGACCCCCCUCCAGCCGCUGCUGGCCUGUGGCCACUCCACCUACCCAACCUGGCUGCCUUGUAGCUGAGCUGAGAGGAGUGGAGGAGUGGGGUUCCCCAUCCUCGCCUCUGGAACCUGAGACAGCGAGGGGAAACAUGGCUCUAUCCCCAACCGCAUCAGGCUCUAGCAAUGUUAGACGCUGCUUACCUAUGUGCUGUUGGGUUGAGGGUGGGGACGGGGUGUGGGGUGUCUAAAGGGGUUGGUACUGAUCAAGCCCAG